GGAAGUGGGGCCGCGCGCCGGCACCGAGCAGCGCCGGCAGCCAGCACCGCGUGAGCACCGAGCCGAGCCCCGCGCCCCGCGCCCACAGACCCACGGCCCAUGGGGGCGCAGCGGAGGCCGCCCGGGCCCGCGGCCGUGCUGCUGUGGGGCUGCCUGCUCCGGGGCUGCCUGCUGCGGCUGACGGCAGCCCAGGAAGCCAUCCUGCAUGCGUCCGGAGCUGGCUCAUCCCCACCCUCUAAGGACUACUGCAUGCUGUACAACCCGCGUUGGAAGGAGCUCCCAACUACCCUGGAAAAUGCUACCUCCUUGGGUUUGAGGAACCUGACUGCCACACCGCUGUGCAACCUUUCUGAGAUCCCUCCCGAUGGCAUAAAGAACAAGGCGGUUGUCGUGCAAUGGGGACCCUGCGACUUCCUGCAGAAGGCCAGCGUGGCACAGGUGGGAGGCGCCGAAGCCUUGCUGGUGGCCAACGACAGCGUUGCGUUUUUUCCCUCCGGGAACAUAUCUCAAUUUCCUGAUAUGAAAAUACUAAUAGCAUUUAUAAAUCACAAAGAUUUUAAAGACAUGGAGCAGACCCUGGGGAGCAGCAUCACUGUGAGAAUGUAUUCCCCGUUGUCCUCCACCUUUGACUACACCAUGGUGGUUAUUUUCCUCAUUGCUGUGUGUACAGUGGCGCUGGGAGGCUAUUGGAGUGGACAGAUUGAAUUGGAAAACAUGAGGACAGCGACAGACACUGAAGACAGAGAAGUGAAGAAAAGAAAGGAGGAAUAUUUAACCUUCAGCCCUCACACGGUUGUCAUCUUUGUGGUCAUCUGCUGUGUCAUGAUGGUCCUGCUCUAUUUCUUCUACAAGUGGUUGGUUUAUGUUAUGAUAGGGAUUUUCUGCAUAGCUUCGGCCAUGAGCCUCUACAACUGUCUUGCUGCGCUAAUUCGGAGGAUACCUUGGGGACAGUGCACGAUUGCAUGUGGUGACAAAAGCAUUGAAGUGAGACUUAUUUUUCUCUCUGCACUGUGCAUAGCAGUAGCUGUUGUUUGGGCUGUCUUUCGGAAUGAGGAUAGGUGGGCUUGGAUUUUACAGGACAUCUUGGGGAUUGCUUUCUGUCUGAAUUUAAUUAAAACACUAAAGUUACCCAACUUCAAGUCGUGUGUGAUACUUCUAGGCCUUCUCCUCCUCUAUGAUGUGUUUUUUGUUUUUAUAACACCAUUCAUCACAAAGAACGGGGAGAGCAUCAUGGUUGAACUUGCAGCCGGACCGUUUGGGAACACCGAAAAGAAUGAUGGAAACUUUGUGGAAGCCACUGCUCAGCCCUCAGCUCCCCAUGAGAAAUUGCCAGUGGUCAUCAGGGUGCCAAAGCUGAUCUAUUUCUCAGUGAUGAGUGUGUGCCUCACGCCUGUCUCCAUCCUGGGCUUUGGAGACAUUAUUGUACCAGGCCUGCUAAUUGCAUACUGUAGAAGAUUUGAUGUUCAAACUGGUUCAUCUUCUAUCUACUAUAUUUCUUCCGUGAUUGCCUACGCCUUUGGCAUGAUCCUCACCUUCGUUGUUCUGGUGCUGAUGAAGCAGGGCCAGCCUGCUCUCCUCUACUUAGUACCUUGCACACUCAUUACUGCCUCUGUUGUUGCCUGGAGACGGAAGGAAAUGAAAAAGUUCUGGAAGGGCAACAGCUAUCAGGCUCAUGACAAUCAAGACACUUCCUGAUCCAGAGCCACACAAAAAAAAUGAUGAACCAUCUGGAUUCAACAAAUGAAGAAAACCCAGUGAUUACUGACGAACCAGUUGCCCAGCAAUAAUACCACACAGACCUACAAUAAUGUGUUCUUGAUUUUCUACCAAUAGAGUUUGACUUUUUAAAUCAACUUUUGAAUUGACAUUCUGAAAGCAUUUUCAGUGGCAUGUUUGCAAAUAUAUAUUUCUACAGGCUGGUACUGAUAAUUAUAAAUAAUUAAAAUACAUUUGCUUUUAAUUAUCUUAAAGUUGUGCCUUCACAUUAAAUAAAAGCAUAUGGUCUGUGUAUUGCCAAUAUACAUUAUAUACAUGAUAUAUUUUUAAAGUUCCUUGGCCCAUCCCUGUACUUUCCUUACUAAAAUACAUUUCCUUUAGCUCUAAUGACAGAUUGAACUGUAACUGUCAAAAUGUUUCUGCACAAAUUUUUUUUUGUUAAAGAAUUACGCAUGUUGUAUCUCCUCUCAAGGAAUAAUUGUUUAAGACCAUGCAAGAAGGUAGCUAUUCAACAGGGAAGGUUUGGAUUUUAUAUCAUGCAGAGGUUAUAAAUGUAUAAUUUGGGAAUAAAUACAGUGAUUUUUAUAAUGUUUUUAAAAUUAACAACUUUUUUAAACUUGAGAAGCUAAAUUAUUCAGAUGUACUAUGUUCAAAUAUUUUUUCAGAUAUAGAAAAGCAUACAGAACUUGUCAUGAGAGGACACAGGAGCUGAAAUGUGGUUCAUAGUAAACCACUGUUUUCUCUCUUUCUCUUUUUUGUGUUUUUUUUUUUGAGACAGAUUCUCAUUAUGCAGUUCAGGUUGUCCUCAGACUCUCAAUGAUCCUCCUGCCUCAGCCUCCUGAAUUGCUGGGAUUACAGGCGUGUGCUACCAUAUCCAGUUUAACCACCAUUUUCUUGUACAGUGUUGAUUUCUAUACUUUUGAUUUCACUUUGGUGUUAUCCAUCUUUGAAAUUUGAUGCUAAACUUUGAUCUUUUGUUGUUGUUGUUGUUGCUGUUUUGUUUUUGGUACCUGGGAUUGAAUUCGUGACCUCACCCUUGCCAGGCAGACAGUUACGCCACUGAGCUAAAUCCCCAGCCCUUAACCUUUGAUCUUUCAAAAAAAUUUUUUUUGUCAAAUGAUAUGUUAAUGUUUACGGCUCAUUGUUUCAGAGUAACACCCUUAACAAUUCCACAUCCUUGUCCUCCCCCUCACCUCCACUCCUUUCCCCAUGAGCCACUGCUGUCAGCCACAAGGAGUGGGGGUUUCCUAAGGUAUAAGACACACAGGGACUGUUUUUUUUUUUACCGGUACCAGACAUCGAACUCACGACCGCAUGCUUGCAAGGCAGGUGCUUAAGCUGCUGAGCUAAAUCCCCAGCCCCUCACACAGGGACUGUUGAUCCGUUUUCUCAUCUACAGGAUAGUACAGAGGACCAGUCAGUCAUGUGCCCACUUUUGAAAAACUUUUACCAUUCUUUGCAAAAAUCUUAUCCUUAGAGCCAGAGAUCAAGUUACCUUUUUCAUUUUCUUUUAGUUUCUCUAAGGAAGUCCCAAUUGGUAGGUGAUUGCAGAAGCAGCAAGAUUUUGCAUAUCUGUGCAAAUAAUGCACAAAAUAUGUGACCAUAUGCACUCUUUCAUCUUAAGGCCAACUCAUUUUACUAAAAGAUUAAAAAAAAUACCCAGGUGUGAUAUCAUAUGCCUGUAAUUCCAGCACUCUGGGAGGCUAAGGCAGGAGGAUUACAAAUUUGAGCCUAGCUGAGCAACUUGGUGAAACUGUCCCAAUGUACAAAAAAGAAAGAAAGAAGAAAAGAAAAGAAAAGAAAAAGAAAAACUGCGGACAUAGCUCAGUCCAAAGGGCCAGAAUUCAAUCCCUCGUACAAAAACAAAGUAAAACAAAAAAACCUGUGUGUGUUAGUACAUCUCUGUAAUCCUAGCACUCUGGAUGGCUGAGGCAGGAGAAUCUCAAAUACAAGCCCAGCCUGGGCAAGUUAGUAAUUUAGUGAGACCCUAAAAAAGACUUGGCAUGUGGCCCAAUGAGAAAGCUCCGGGUUUAAUCUCUAGUACCAAACCAAACAAAAACACGUAAUGCUUUUUAAAAUGAAUCAGACUUUCGAUGUUUGAACUAAAGUUAGCAUUAGAUGCAUUUGUUUAAUUGUUAACUUUUGAGAGUAAAUUGCAAAUAGUUAAUACAGCUAUGGGUCAUUUUGCCUAUGGCAGAUAACUCACUGAUAAGGAGGAGUUAAUCUUAAUUUUCUUCCAUUAUAUAAGUUUGAAUUUUUUCCAAAGAAUCUAAUUUAUUUGGCAGACUCUGAUAGAGAACAGAUUUUAGGGCCAUUUUAAAACUUCAACUGUAUUUUCAUUUAUAACGUCAGUAGUAUGCUUGCCAAAAUAUAGCUUUUUUAGUAAAAUUAUCUGUCCUCACCUAAGCUUUAUGAUCGUCAAAAGCCUCAGUCACCUUUUAUGAAGCAUUAUUGACCUUUCUGGCUUUUUUCUUUUGUCUCAACUACAAUGAAAUAGGACAAUUUAUCAAAGUAAUUUUGUCUCAUUAAUUAAUGACUGAUAUUUCUUAUCCUAAGUUUCAGGUUUUAGCCCAGAAAAAUAUUAACUAUUAUCACUAGAAAUCGGCAUUAUUUGGUACAGAUUCUACAUUGUCCAACUAAUAGCUAUCAGAGAAGUGUACUGUGGUCUGGUUUGCUAUUAACCUCUCUGGCUGGUGGCUGAGAGGUAACUCUUGGGUUGCAAGGCCCGAAGUUUGAUCCCUAGAACCCACAAGAGAAAAAAGUUAUGGAGUACACAGAAACAUGAAAGAGGGGCUGGAGAUUUAGGUCAGUGGCAUAAGCGCCUGCCUUGCAAGCAGGCAGUCGUGAGUUCAAUCCCCGGUACCGAUAAAAAGGAAAAAGACUAAAUAAAUAAAUAAAUAAAUAAACAAAUAAAACAUGAAAGAAUAAAUGAAACUCCUAGAGUCGACCCACAAUAUCAAUUUGAUAUUGUGCUUAAUCUUUCUUGUAGCCCAGAAGAAAAUAGUUAUUUAAAGAAAUUGAAGUACAGCAAUAUUUUAUGUUGGGAGUCAAGAUGAACAAAGAAUAGGGAAGAUGAAAAUUUAACUCUUCUGUGUUUAUCAAUCAGUAACUUGAAGAAGAAGAGAAUCUUGAGUUUCUCUUAACAUGUCUUAAAAUCACCAAAAUACAUUGUACUUAUUAAUACUGCAAAAAAGAGAUUAUUUCCUACAAAGUCCUUAUGAACUCUUGUGUGACUUAUCAAAUAGACAUAACUAAAUAGCUCAAAUUAUAAUGUACAUAGUUUUUCCAUCAGUUUAGUUCAGCCAAAACAAGAAGCUUGUGAAGAAGGACCUUGAUACCCUAAGACAUUGUGGGGGGGGGGGUUCCUCCUCGCCUGUAGAUUUUUUUUUUUUAGAUGAUCAACUCUUUGUCACUUGAGCUUGCAACUUACUGCUCUUUUAAAAGAAGAGAAUUUUGGUCCAUGUGGUAUUUUCAUUUAUACAUUUUGGAUACAUAUCCAUAGGAUUUUGGUGGAAUAAUACCUUUGUAAUCAUAUAAAUGAGCUUUUCAAUUUCCUUUACUCAAUUUCUGCUUUAGAUAUAAACAAAAAGCUUAUUUUUAUAUUGGACUACAAAUACUUGAACUGACUUGCUUAAGCUUGAUCUCUAAAAUUUUAGUAUGAUCUCAGCUAAUGAAAUUUUAGAAACAUAAGAAUUGCAUCUCAAGCUGGUGGGCUACAGCAGUUUAAGGAGGUUUCCACUAACCAGUUUAUGGUUUCCACUAAGAAGAAAAAUGCUCAAUUUAUUCAGGAUGAUGCUACAUGAGCAGUUUCACAGUUUAAAUUGUUAGUGUGCUAUUUGCUUCUGAGGAUAAUUCUAAAGGGCCAGGGUCAGUAAAAUACUGAGUAUAUGUCACUCCAUGUUUUCUGGAAGAAAACUACUCUGGAUUCAAGGGAUCUGAAUCAAAUUAUUCACCUCUUUGGAAUAUAUUUCUCUACUAUGUUAGAGUACUGUGUUUAGAGUUUUUUUUAAAAAAGUAAUAUAUAGAGUAUAAAUGUAAGUUUCCAUGCUUAAUGUUUCUUUAAGACAACCUUGGUAUUUGAAAAUGUUCGAGAACAAAUUAUUUUUAAAGCAAAAUUUUAAGGUCACCCUUAUUAUUGGCAAGUAAGGGGCAACCAAAAGACAGUAUUUUGUCAUCCUGUGGUUUCUUGAUUAGGCAUAAAGACUAGCACAAGCAGCUGUAUACUCCUGUGGAAUCUAGAUCUUUUUGUUAAUAUCUAAAGUUUACCUAGGGCAUUUUCCAGUAGGAUAAGUUAAUAUAAGUUAGUUCUUGCCAUUUUUGUUUUACCUUCUGUUGUAUUUUGCUCAAAUGAGGACCUUUUUAAAAAUACAUGAUUGGAUUUUUACCUUUUUUUAGAUGAUUGCCCUAAGCAUGGGGUUUUUUAGAUACUUUGAUAUGUAAGUUAGUAUAAAUUCUUUUAUAACUCGACUAGGUUUUAUUUUUUAAUGGACAUAAUUUCAAGUUUAAAAUAUUUGAAGUGUGAAUGUAGCAGUACUCAUGGUGUGCCAACACUGACAACAGUUUUAAUGCAUUGAACUCAUUGUAAUAUUCAAUAAAUUCUAUUUUAAAAUAAAA